AUGACUCUCAUUUCGUCUAACACCUCAGUGAGAGGAAUUCCUAGUCAGAUUCAGCACUGGGAGAGUUUUGAAGUGUAUGACCCUGAACUUGAAGAUGUGGACCCAGAAGUUCCAAUAUUCUCGUGUGUACGUGGAGUUUUGUGGAGAUCUGCUGAUCUGGAAUACAAAAUGUCGAUUCUCCAGUUUUACGCCAUGUGCUUUGCUUCACAUUCCUCAGCUUCAAUGGCGAGCAAAUUACGAAAUAACAAGACUUGGGUGGCAAGUGUGGUGUUCUGCUUCUUGAUGUUGUCUUUUGUUCAUAUGACAAAGGCAGGUCAAGGCACAGUCACCCAAGCAAAGGAACUUGAGAUUCAAAAGCUAUUGAAUAAGUUGAACAAACCAGCCGUUAAGUCUCUAAAGCCAGCCUUUGAUCAUCCCAAGCUGAAAAAUCACAAAAUUCGGAUGAGGCCAACAUUUCUUCCAAAAGGAAUAAGAAGUUAUCCAGAAUCCAAAACAAUUGAUCAAACGUGGCACCAAAGUGGAAGUUGUCCAGAAGGAACCAUUCCAAUAAGAACAACAAAAGAUGACAUAAUGAGGGCAAGCACUUUCCAACGAUUUGGGAUGAAGGAUAACAAGAGUCUCCCUAAUUUGUCUAAGUCACUUUACUCUUCCACAAAUAUCCAUGACGUACUUAUAAUAUUGGAAAUGAAACCUUGUCUUGCGGGUAAGCAUGGCAAAAAGUAUGCCACAAUUGAAGUGGUGAAAGAUAAAUAUUAUGGAGCCAAGGCAACCUUAAACGUUUGGAAGACGAAUAUUCAAAAACGCAAUGAAUUCAGUCUGUCUCAAAUUUGGGUGAUGAAUCAGGAUGAUGAUGAUAAUGUGGAGAGCAUUGAAGCUGGUUGGCAGAUCCAACCAAUGCUAUAUGGGGAUGAUAGUCCAAGACUUUUUAUAUAUUGGACAGUUGAUUCAUAUGAAUGUACUGGCUGUUAUAAUCUACUAUGUUCUGGCUUUGUUCAAGUUUCCAAUGCAGUGGCAUUGGGAGGUGCCCUCCCACUAUUAUCUGUCUAUAAUGGCACUCAAUAUGGAUUUUCUCUCCUUAUUUGGAAGAUGGUGAUGGUGAUGAUGACAUCAACAACGAGCAGGAUCAAGGAAGUGGAAACUGGUGGCUGCAAUAUGGAGGUAAAAAUGCGGGAUACUGACCAGCUUCUAUGUUCGAUGACCUGUCCGAGAGUGCAACAGUAAUACAAUGGGGUGGCGAAGUGAUCAACAAGAAAUCUAAUGGCAGACACACAAGCACAGGAAUGGGAAGUGGCUAUUUCCCUCGUGUAGGGUUUGGGAGGGCUAGCUUCUUCAUGGAUAUUUCCACAGUUAAUAAAACUAAUUAUCUCGUCAAGCCUGAUCACGUCAGAGCUUAUGCCAGCAAACCUAAGUGCUAUGAUAUUAUGGAACUCAGCUAUUCUAGUAGUGACUGGGGGGCCUACUUCUAUUACGGUGGUCUAGGAAGAAACCCAUAUUGUCGAUAAUUUAAAAUACAAAUGAGAAAGAUAUUAUAAUAUGCAUGAGUACGAGGACUUAGAAUAAAAGUCUAAAGAUAUCUAUCUAUGUUAAGCAAAUAAAGGCAUGCAUUGUGUCUGUAGCCUUAUCGAUCACUAGUACUGUAAGGCCUCAUGCAUGGGAUAUAUUGUAUGCAAGCCCUGGCAAAAUAAGACUGGCCGGAGAAAAUUCAAUUC